AUUGCAGUUAUCAGUUUUUCUUCGGAACAAACUAGAUUCAGACAAGAUGAGUGGUCGCGGCAAGGGAGGCAAAGGACUCGGUAAAGGAGGCGCUAAGCGUCACCGUAAAGUUCUUCGUGAUAACAUCCAGGGAAUCACCAAACCCGCCAUCCGCCGUCUGGCUCGCCGCGGCGGUGUGAAGCGUAUCUCCGGUCUCAUCUACGAGGAGACCCGCGGUGUGCUCAAGGUCUUCCUGGAGAACGUCAUCCGUGACGCCGUCACCUACACCGAGCACGCCAAGAGGAAGACGGUCACCGCCAUGGAUGUGGUGUACGCUCUCAAGAGGCAGGGCCGCACCCUGUACGGCUUCGGAGGUUAAAUCACUGCCUCAUCUCACCUCAACACAACGGCUCUUUUAAGAGCCACACACAUCAACCAAAGAGCUCGUUUCUGUCAAUGUAACAAUAUUUGCACCACUUUAAAUAGAAAUAGGGGACACGUGCCCACCAUGCACCAUUUUAUGUGAAACACAUACGGCCCGCAAAACACUCAUGUUUAACGCCCGGAAGGACUCUUCAGACUGAGGCCAAAAAAUUGUACUCCGGAGAAAUCUACGUAUAAAAUGUACAUCAGCAUGAAUUGUUGUCUUAAAUAAGCCCUGUUAUUAAACAAAACUACAGUGGUGGAAAUACUUAUCUAUCCAGAUGUUUUAUAAAUGAAAGGGCCAAAAAAUAAAAGGCCUAGUCAUUAUACAGAAUGGCCAAUUUAAAUUCUAAAUAAAAAUGAUAAUAAAAAUAUACUCAAGUCAUUUUGAUUAUUUAUAUACAUCUGGGUAGUUUAAUAAUACAUAAUCAUUCAUUAGAAGAUUUAUAUGUUGUAUUAGUUAGACAAUGGCUCUUUUAAGGGGCACACACAUUAUCACAUCAACAUCAUAAUAUUUCAGUAGAGAGUAGAACAGGGUGAAAGUAAGUUAUUGCUGUAAUAUGUAAACAAACGUGUUAUUGAAAUGUUCACUCCCAAAACGUUUUUAUUCAUUACCGAAAUGCCAACCAAAUUACCGUACUUAAGUGCACAUAUUUCAUACAAUGGUAGGUGUAAUUAUAUCGUUUGUAUAAUAUUACAUGGAAUAAAUGCAUUGACACCUACAAUAAUACCGAUCUGUCAUAAGUGAUGUCCACAUCAAACCAUCAGAGAUGUUUCUGGAGAAAUGUCUCUCACAGAGUUGAGACAUAACUUUUUUAAAAUGCCAGAAGGCCAAAAAAGAA